UUUCAUUCGAAAACACCAAAACCAAAAAGAGAAAAAUCAAAUCCACACUUAACCUUCCAUUCUAUCCACACUCGGCCAACGAAGGGGAAAAAAUGGGGGAGAAGAUGCGCCGCCGCAGCCAACCGUCGUGACCUCGCCGCCGGUCUCCGGUCCAUGGGCUACGUCGCCGCCGUCCUCGCCAUCCUCAGUAAGCUGCAAUCCCUCGGCUUCUGCGCCGAUCUCCGGAUCCCCGAUGCCGCCGCGGCCUCCGACCCCUCGGAGGCGUUCGACGCCGUCCUCGCCGCGUUCCUGCGCGAGGCCUACCUUGGCGGGCGCGACGCGCGGCCUAUCCCGGCGGCGCUCGGCGAUGGCCGCUGCGUCGACCUCCUCCGGCUCUUCCUUUCCGUCCGAGCCGCAGGGGGAUACGCCGGCGUGACCUCCUCUCCCGGUGGCUGGGCCGCCGCCGCAGAGUCCGCCGGCGUCGACGCCACCCUCGCAGCGCCCGUCAAGCUGCUCUACGCGAAGUAUCUCGGCGCCCUGGACCGCUGGAUCCAGAGGCUCGAGGAAGCGCACGGGCCGUUCUUGGUCGGCGAUAGGACGAAAAGGCAAGAACUGUUCAGUGGAGCCAAUGGAAUGGAUGAGGAAGAAGACGCGCUCUUGGGCUGCGACAAGAGGGAACAGCGGCAUGUGAUGUUGAAGAGGAAGAGGGGGGACAUGGUCGGGAUGCUGGGUUGGGUGAGGGAGAUAGCCCAGAAUGCUGGGGAUGGUGGUACUGUGGUUGCUGGGUCUGCGGAUGAGUACUUCUCAAUGGCAUUAGCGGUCAGGAAGGUGGUGACCAGGAAGAAGGUUCGCCGAGCAAGCAUGUUGAAUGGUUCACAUUUUCAGGAAGUAUUUCCAAUGGCUUGCGAUUGCUGUAUGAGUUCUACCAGUGUUGGAGCUUGUGCAAAAGCAAAAUUACUGAAUAGUUCUUUAAUGCUCAUAGAACAGGAGAACAACUUAACUGGACAAGGGAAGUAUGAUAGUAUGAUUCAACAUAACUCUUCUAAUGGUUCACGUUUUACAAGUCAGCAGAAGAAUGAAGUACCUGUUGGUCCUGACUAUCAAGCAGAGGUGCCACAAUGGACAUGUGAAGUACCUGUAAAUUAUGAUGAUCCAGAAACUCUGAAAUGGUUGGGAACAAAAGUCUGGCCUCCGGUAAAUGAAAACAGUAAAGCAUUGGUUUGUCGUGACCCUAUUGGCAAAGGCAGAGAAGUUGUUUGUGGUUGCAACCAUCCAGGAUCAGUGGAAUGUGUUAGGUUUCAUGUAGCAGAACGGAGGUUUAAGUUGAAACGUGAACUUGGUGUAGCUUUCUAUGCGUGGGGAUUUGAUCGUAUGGGGGAGGAGAUUGCACUUUCUUGGACAGAUGAAGAGGAGGCAAGUUUCAAGGCCGUAGCACAAAAUAAUGCUCAAUCUUCGGGCAGGAAUUUCUGGAACCGUCUCCACUUAUUUUUCCAAUUGAAGGGAAGGAAAGAACUUGUGAGCUAUUAUUUUAAUUGUUUUCUGCUUAGAAGGAGGUGUUACCAAAACAGGAUAACUCCGAAGAACAUAGAUAGUGAUGAUGAGGAAGAGACUGAAUUUAGAUUCUUGGGUAAUCGUCUUGGUCAUGGUGCAGCUAAGUAUCACAAUACCAAGCACACCAUCUGCAUUGAAAAUACACACUCUAUGGAUCUGGAUGACUAGUUGCUGAUUGUAUUUUAUUAAGCCAGUUGAGGUCUGGUGUUAAUUCACUUUCCUCCCUGUUGGAGACUGAGCAGAUGAUGUUCUUCUCAAUGAUUUAGUUACAUUGCUGACAGUGCACAUGAGAUGCUACAAGCCAAGCAUUAGAACAGUUACUUACAACAUCAGUAUAUGAAUUGGAGCCUGAUCCGACAUCGAAUUUGAAUCUCAGUUCUGAUAGGGAAGUCAGGUGGCCCUGUCAAUGAGCACUUACAUGGAUGUAUAUCCAGAAGUGAGAAAUGCAAUGAUUUGACAGUGUUAUUGUUAGUUCUUCCUUGAGGGUAUCUUGUGUAUAUGUUCUUUUCUUAGUUUAUUCCCUCCUUAUGAACCAUUAGCUUCUUCGUAUCCGGUAAGUAUAGUUGUCAGUAGCAUGCUAUAGGCUCCUUUGUUGUAUUUCUCCAGAGUGGGAUGGAGCUGAGAGUAUAUAGUAGUUAGUAUUCUGAAUGUAGUGGUGUUGUUCGUGUUGUAGACUCUGCUUGUCAUUGAGAAACUUAUGUGAAGUCUUCCUUUUCAACAUGACAAA